UCCCAAACAACCGCACUAAAAGUAAGUACAUGCAUAUUGGGAUCGGGGCCGACCGAGUUCGGCUCAGAAGACAACUGGUUUGUGGGCUUUGCGCACCGCGCCCAUAACCUGCUCGCGGAAUUACCUCAACGAAACACAAGACAGAUGAAGGCGCUCGGGUGGUGGCUGAUGCUGGUCGGCUUGCUUCGCCUCGUAACUGUAUGGUUCGGCUUCUUCGACAUCUGGGCCUUACGCAUGGCCGUCUUCUCCCAGACACAAAUGACUGAUGUUCAUGGCCGAACAUUUGGAGUCUGGACUCUCCUGACCUGCACACUCUGCUUUCUUUGUGCAUUCAACCUUCAGAAUAAGCCUAUCUACACAGCAACCUUGCUGUCCUUCAUAUAUGCAUUUGGUCAUUUUCUUACUGAGUAUCUGAUAUACCAUACAAUGGCUGCAUCAAAUCUGACAACUGUUGGAAUAUUUGCUGGCACAUCAAUCAUCUGGAUGCUGGUGCAGUGGAAUGCACAUCAACCUCAGGAUUCUGCAAAGCUAGAGUGACUCCCCUCCCGUUGAGGAUGUUCUUCAUGCCCUGGUUAUGCAACUCUUUCUGAACCUUGGUAGAUCAGUGUUUUGAUAAGAAUCCAUCAUUUCAACCCUUUUUUUGAGACAUGAUUAAUGUUCCAGACUCUCGUGAUUUAAUUAUUUCUUUUCAAGAAGUAUACUAUCAUGAGCUUAAUUCACUUUGGUCAGACGCAAAUGUUGACACAGUUUUAAAGCGACAGAUAUAUAUAAAUGACCAUGAAACCAACCUGAAGGCUUAGGUGUUCAUUAUAGUUGUCAUUACAGCAACAGUAAUCGAGAACAGCCAAUAUGCUGAGCUUGUUUGUUCUCUAAUACACUGUGACAAUAGUGACAACAGAAAUGUGUUAUGUUUGGUCAUGACAGAUUCAAGGUUUGAUGUGAUCCCCAAAACAAAAAAAGGAUGCUGAUCUUCUUCACCGAAGCAGAUCAAUGAUUCUACGUCUUGGGAUUCGCAAAACUUGAGCUGCUGUGUGCUCCAAUGGUAGAUGCAGUAGCCUUUGGCAACCCCAACAAGGAAACAGGUGGAGUCCCCCAGUGGAGCUGCAAAGCUGGAAUUGCCUCAGCAUGCCUGCUUGCCUUUCUCUUAAAGCCAUGGCUCCCAACUCAAUCAUAAGUAAAAGCUGGUGACAGGAGUACAUCAGAAGGUAGGGUGGAGACUGGACGGUGGACAGCAUUGGUCGGCGAAACACACAGGUCGGCAUCUUUUUCCAUCCCGAUGAAACUGCGGUCAUGGUUGCUGACAACCUGUUUCCAGUGCCAUUGUCUCUUCUUCCACACUCUUCUCACCUCCAACAUAAUUCCAACUUAUUAAAGAUCAAACAUUAAGUUAUAAUUAUAUGCAGUCUGCUAUUUGUAUUAACUUCUUUUCAUAAAAGUAUUGAUUUUUUUUUA